GCCGAAGUUCAAAGUCUCCAGUGAUGAUGAAGAUCCAGACUUGGAGCAGCACUCUCCACCGCGCUCCUCCACACGCAGCCCACCAAACCCUCGCCAUACAAAACCGCUCUCUAGCACCAUGGGAGAACAUUGUAUCUGAGGACCCCCGCAGACUGCCCAGGAGGAUCAGCGAGGCGCGGUGUCUCACGAAGGGCUGCGUAGGCCUCAGUGGCGGCCAUCAUGAGAAGGAGAGGGAAGAGGACUUGGCGUGGCGGUCGGUGCCCAUCCAGGUGGAGAUGAUGGUGUUGCGUCUGCGGAGGGGGCAGGGCCGGAGGUCCAGAGAGUACCAGCUCAGCUCCCAAGUCAUCACCGUGGGCUGCACGUGUGUCCGGGGGCGCGUGGUCAGACACGACUGA